CAUUCCCGCCAAAUAUAAACCUGUCAAAAUGGAUAAACUUGUCAUUGCUGAUUAUGGUAAAUUUAUGAAGAAGCUGAGCACAGAUAGUGUUGACAACGUAUUUCAAGAUGUUGAGUAUGUUUAUAUCACGAAUUCAAAAGAUCCUCGUUUGGCUGGCAUAGGAUCUCUAGUAUCUCUUCCAUUGCCAAUAAUUUUAGCCCAGAACCCGGGCAGCAUGCUGCUCACUGACCCAGAUGUUUCCGAGUUCAUGCCCCAGGAAUCGCUUUUAAAAAGCAAUAGAAAGCACACCAAUAGCUAUGAUGCAACUCAAGGAUCGCCUUUGAAGAUGCAAGAGUAUGCAGACCUGUCAGAUAUCGUUGUCAAUGAAGCACCUGUUGGAAGUUGGACUAGCAGAGAGCAUUUCAAGUCAGCCCUGACCAAAAUAGGAAUACCAUUCAACCAAACCAGAGUCGUAGCAUCAUUGUACAGCCUUGCCUCUCAAGGAAAUUCUUUGCCACCCUUACUUAUAUUUAGUGAUGGUCAAAAUAGAAAGCAUACUGCCUGUCAGAUGUUAUCUCGUGAAGAGCAGUAUCUAAAGUUCACCGUCAUUAAGGUAUCCUUUCCGGAACCUAAAAAUGGCCACUUUCCAAAGAUUCAUAAUCUAAAGAUUCCAGAAAAGCAGAUGAAAUACAAGGCACGUUAUGAUAUGAUGGGGAAAAUGUUACAGGAACUUGUCACUAAUGGCCAGGAAUUUGCUGGAUCGUUAGUGGUUGAAACUGACUGGACCAAACCAAUCUGCACAGCAGUUUUACAGUCCCCGCCAUUGGAGUCACAGGCACACAUCCAGGCGCAAGUUGUUUCUGGGGACGAAAGAUCCACAGCUAAUGGGUUCUACAUAGAACUGGAGAUGUUAAAGUCAUUUAUUGAUGGUUUGGAGUCGGGAGAAAUUCUGUGGUUGGCCAAUGAAAGUCAUGUUCCUGUCUUAGAGCAGUUGAAAAUGCAAAUUGAAAAAUUAAAACUUGGGGAUGCUGCAAAAUGCGAGAAAGAACAAAAUGAUGUGGUGGACAUCCUAGGACUGGAUUCCCUGUCUUUUGAUCGACGGGAAGACCUGGAUUUUACAGACCAUUUAUGGAAUAUCCUUAUUCAGUGUACAUCCUACAGUGAGCUGGAAGAAGCAUUGAAGUUUGUUUUUGCUGUCUUAAGUAAUGGAGAGUUUUAUCCUAUGGUACACAGAAAGAAUAAUACAGUCAUUGCUCAAAUGGUAAGGGAAGCAUGUGGAGGAAAACUCAGAAUGCCAAAUUUAGCUGGUGGAUCUUAUGCCAUUCAACUUUUAGCUGAAAUAGGGCUGGAAAAACUGCGACAAGAUUAUGUGCAUGCUUUUUUGUCAAAGGAACUGGUUGUACUUGGAAACAUUGAGUCGUUCAUAGGAACAGAGGGACCAUUUACACAGAGGCUGGCUGCCUUAGAGAAGCUGCACCAUGUCCUGGAAAUGUCAGUCAUGCUAAAAAUGUUUCUAAAAUUAUCCAUGCAAACCCUGAAUUUCAUUGCCAUCCAGAUGUUGAAAUACUAUGAAAAUAAUUCUCUUGACCAGAAGCACUUGUUUGAUUUUCCUGUACCCACUUCUCAAGUCAAGUCCAUGAUUGAAAACUCAGCUCCAUGUUUAUGGCAGAUGGAAUUCACCAAACAGGUUCAGAAUACAUCAGAAACCAUGAAGGUUGUGUUAACGGAAGACAAUCCUUUCCCCCAUGUUGGUUGGAGUUCUGUGUCUGAUAACAUGACAGAGGUGGGAAGUGAGGAUUUUAGGGACAGAGUGUACUAUGUGUUACACCUAGAGGAAAGAGUUUCAGUUUUGUAGACUACAGUAAAAUAACAUUUAAAGAAAUACUGUAAACAGGGUUAUUUUCACCCUCUCACACUUCCAAACAAAUCUGCCCCAUUUUAAAUUUGCCCAGUCACAGUUUAUUUUAAGAAAAUAAUACUGUGGUCUUUGAAUUCACCCCAUUUUAAAUUUGUACAUCUGUGAGUAGGGCGAAAGGGGCAAAAUAAAACGGGGCGAAAUUUUCCCUGUGUACAGUAAUAUCAAAUGGUAAAAUUUCAAUAUAUUGAUAUCCUAUUUGAUUUAGGGACACACUCUUAUUAAUUAUUUGGCCAUCCUUUGACAUACUUUGCAAUAGUAUGGUGUUUUUGUCUGCCUGGACAUUUUUAUUCCAGAUCAUAAUUACUUAUUUACCAUGAGAUGUAGCGUCAAAGUUUAUCAUUUAAUGCAUGAGGUAUGGAGGAAAACUUGACUACUGAAUAUUCAAAUUAUGUCUAAAUAUGCUGUCAUGUUUACGUUUUAUAAAUUCAUUAAGACAUAUUGAUCAAAGGUGCAUGAGAACUAGUAUUAAGCUAUUAAGCUUAAUUAAACUACUAUCUUUUAGUUAGUUUUUGUAAAAACAUUUCUAGUACCAAUUGAAAUGAAUCAAUGCAGUGUCAGUCCACCCAAACAACAAUACAAAUCUUCAUUCUAACAGACGUUUUAUGCAAUCUAUUAAAAUAUUUAAAUAUAUAGAUAAUGAUAAUAAAUGCAUCCAAGCCAUAUUCUAAAAUACAUUUCUUAUUA